UAAUGGUAUGUAUCUAACUCUGCUGUAGUGUGUACAUUGGAAGUUACUCAUUUGCAGGUUUUAGAGAGAGAGACGUGGAGAGCUUGGUCGGCCGCCGGGGAAGAAUCGCCGGCGAUCUCUGCUGCUUCAACUCCGAUGCUGCUGCUUUCCGCGGAAGAUCCGCUUUGUUGCUGUCUGCCAUUGCUAAACUGACAAGCAAAGCUUCAGAUUGUAUUUUAAGGAAGCUCUCCUUUCUUGUGUUUGAUGCGUUGACAAUCAUAUUGUCUUGACUGUAGAGAUCAUCGGUUUCAUAGUUUCUACUCUCUCUCUCUCUCUCUCUUGAAAAGAGAGGGUAAUAGUGAGCAUGAAAGCUGCUGAGAGGCGACGAGGUUCCGACAGCAAAGAAAGAAACCGGGCAGCAAGAACUGAUCCUAGGGACCAUAAGCUGCAAGUAAAGAAUGGUGGCAGAAACUUGAAACCCAAAGAGAUUGAUGCUAAACCAACAUCAACUGACAAACCGCGUACCAAUGCAUUGGCAAGUGAUUUGAAAACUGGUGUAGAUCCCUCGAAAAUUCAUGAAAAUAUGGCCAAAGAUCAUUCGGGAGAUGCAUACAGUCCAGAUGACAAUGAAAACCACAAGAAUACAUCAAGUGCCAUGGUGAUCACUGGUGAAUCUGAUCCAGAGGAUAAUAAUUAUUCCACCUCUUCUCAAGGGGAUUCUCAAGCUUCUGAUGAGGAGAAAACAGAAAACCAAGCCAAGGUUCCUAAAAAGGGAAUUUCAAAUUCCACCAGAAAGAAUUCGACAGAUAAUUUGAAAAAUAUGAAAGUCCAUCCAAAACCUUUAUCUGAUUCCUCAGAAGGGGCUGAUAGCCAAACUAUUGAAGGGAUUAAUACACCCGAAGAUGCAUCGAGUGAUGGAAUAGUCCAUUCUGAGGAAAUUAAUGACCAAGACCAGGUUGCACUGGUUCGAAAGAUUGAGGAAAUGGAGGCCAGAAUUGAAGACCUUGAGAGUGAACUAACAGAAGUGGCAGCUCUUGAAAUUGCACUAUAUUCUGUUGUACCCGAGCACGGUUCCUCUGCACACAAGGUCCAUACACCUGCAAGGCGUCUUUCAAGGAUAUAUGUCUACGCUUGCAAACACACGCCUCGAGAGAAACGAGCAACUGUUGCUAGGAACAUUGUUUCUGGACUAGUUUUAGUCUCCAAAUCCUGCAGCAAUGAUGUUUCCAGGUUAACCUUUUGGUUGUCGAACACUGUUGUUCUGAGGGAAAUCAUAUCUCAAGCAUUCGAAACUUCCUGCCAAUCCAAUGAAGUUGAAACCAAAACUUCAUCCCUGAAAUGGAAGAAUCAUGACUGGCAAGAAACAAGAACCUUCGCUUCUGCCUUGGAGAAAGUCGAGUCGUGGAUAUUCUCACGGAUUGUCGAAUCCAUAUGGUGGCAGACUCUGACUCCGAACAUGCAAUUGCCUGUCAAUUCUUCUACAAAAACGGGUACGAAAAAGUUAUCGGGUCCAUCCCUUUGCGAUCAAGAACAAGGCAAUCUUUCCAUUAGCCUUUGGAAAAACGCCUUCCACGAUUCGCUGAAAAGACUCUGCCCCGUUCGAGCUGGAGGCCAUGAAUGUGGCUGCUUACCAGUUCUUGCACGAAAGGUCAUGGGACAAUGCGUCGGCAGACUAGACGUAGCCAUGUUCAAUGCUAUUCUCCGCGAGUCAGUCCACGAGAUUCCUACUGAUCCCGUGUCUGAUCCCAUUCUUGAUUCCAAAGUUUUGCCGAUUCCUGCAGGAGAUUUGAGUUUCGGAUCCGGUGCUCGACUUAAAAAUGCUGUUGGCAAUUGGGAAAGAUGGCUGUCGGAUUUUCUAGGCAUGGAUACCGACACUUUCGCCGAAGAUGAAAAUAACAACUACGAUUCUAAGGAACCGAAAAUCUUCCCUCUUCUUAAUGCCUUGAGUGAUCUUCUAAUGCUCCCGAAGGACAUGCUCGUUGACAAUACAAUAAGAAUGGAGGUUUGUCCAUCGAUUAGUCUUCCAUUGCUUAAACGAAUACUUUGCAACUUCUCUCCGGAUGAAUUCUUCCCCGAGCCCGUUCCCGGAUCGGUUCUAGAAGCCCUAAAUGUUGAGUGGAUUAGUCUUUCGGGAGAGUCGUUGAGCGACAACAGCUUCCCACACACUGCUCCUCCCGUCGUGUACGCUUUGCCGUCCCCUUGGGAGAUUGCAGAAAAAGUUGCGGAGGCAGGCGUGGGAGGAGUCGAGCAUUCUCAUUUCUCGAGAAGUGCUUCGACGGUGCAGAGGAAGGGAUACACGAGCGAUGAAGAGCUCGACGAACUGGAGUCGUGUCUUACAUCUGUCGUCGACAUAACACCACCGUCGUCGUUGUCGUCGAAAAAUGGAGGUAAUGGCAAUGCCAGGUAUGAUCUCCUUCGCCAAGUCUGGAAAGCUUAGCUUCAUGGUAGAUUUUGAAUUCAUACACAGUAUACAUAUAUACAUAUUUAUACACACACAUACCUCAUCGUAAACUAUCAUCAAUUUCAUAUGUUGUGUAAAUUUUGGGUUCAUUGUAGUUUAUGCCUCGAUCAUCAUUA